UAAUUAUUAAAUAUUUUUAUCUGAUUCAAAUUUAAAUUUGACCUUGAAAAAAAGAGAUGAAUAAACGAGAAGACGAAUAACCUAAUUUCGAUGACAGUUACAUCUGUCAAACAAUAUGUUUACGUAGUUAGAGAUGUGAUAGUUUAUCUCACGAUAAAUUCGUUAAGUUUAUCUGUUACUUUGUUUUAUUAUGUUAUACAGUUAUAUUAACACCCCCCAAUUAUGUACAGCGCAGUGAGGGCCUCAAAAAGCGAUAAUCAGAAUUUUUCGAGACAAGGCAGUCUGAGAAAGGUCCUGCCACCCGAGCACGGUAGAGUACUACAAAAUGACGACUACAGUGAAAUAUAUCACAUGUACAGACAAGAGUAUAUAAUAUUGGCCGAAUACAAGUUGGUGCAAAGUGAAAACUUGAAAGGCGUUUACGUGAUUCCGUCCAGAGAAAGUCCCUUUUUGUGGUUUGGGUUUAUUUACGUCAGAGAAGGCCCAUAUGAAGAUGGUGUGUUUAGGUUUAGCAUAUUCUUAGAUGAAAAGUUCCCAGACUCUGGACACCCAAAAGUGAUAUUCCAAUCAGAAAUUGUCCAUCCUGUGAUACACCCAGAAAGCAAUGAACUAAACUUACUGGGGGCAUUCCCCACUUGGAGAAAAGAGGAGCAACAUAUCUGGCAAGUAUUAAAGUAUAUCCAGUGGAUUUUCCAGCACAUUGAAGACAGCACCAGACACAGCAUUAAUGAACAAGCAACUGAACUGUUCCAAAACCGUGAAGAGUUCAUUAACCGAGCCAAACAAUUGGUAAAACAGAGCCAUGAUCACUUAUAUGACGAUCCGCCAACUGAGGACAAACACUACAUAAGUUUCUGUCCGUAUGACCCAGAAGAACAUGACAAGGUUCACAAGCAAAUGUUGAACUACUUGAAGGAUGAGAAACCAGUGAAAAUGGGCUUGAGUUGGGUGCUUCCAGGCAGCAAUAAGCCUUUAGGCAGACCUCCAACUCCAGAAACUGAGAGCGAGUCAUGACAAUUGGUUAAGGGGUUCCAUUAUGUAAUUCAUGAUGUUGUUUUUUGACUUGUUAAAUUGCGAUUCUACUGCCUACUACUUAAAACUGUGUGAUUCAGUUAAUUGUUAAUAUCAUGUAUAUAGUGGUGCUUAAUAGGAUCUUUACAUCUUUUUACAUUGUGCCUAGGUAUGUUCAAUCAAAUCAACAGUAUUUUCUGGUGUUAUACUUGCCAAAUUGUGAAUGACAGUGAUGAAACUAAAGCCCAGUUUUAUUUGUUUAUACCAAUCAGUUUAUUAAAGAGCACUUUGCUAUUGUUUAACAUAGGUGCAAUAAAGUUACAAAUUAUAUAUACAAUUUUAUAUACAUGAAUGCUUUUGAACUAUUUUCAAUAAAUCUUUUAAAAAGUCAA